GUUUGCGUUGCAUAGAAACAGAUACUCUCCAAAGCUGUUGCUAUAAGAACCAGUUUAACAAUGCUGUGAUUGUGUGAGCUGUACCUGAGAACAUGAAGAUGCUAACCAGAUGUAUCGGUUCAUUUACGAGAAUGGUUUGCCAACAAUAAUUAGCUACGUUUUAGAGAGUUAUUUUUCGAGACUAUUGACAGCAGAAGUAGUGGAUAUUGUCUGCCGUUGUGAGAGGCUGCUGAUUUCCCCAUCCUGAAGGUAGGAUGGCAGGCGACGCAAGCGGUAUUCCUGAUCUGGACCAGGAGAAAUAUGAUGCAGAUGAACAAGUCAAGAUCAUCUGCCUGGGUGACAGUGCAGUGGGCAAAUCCAAAUUGAUGGAGAGGUUCCUGAUUGAUGGAUAUCGUCCCCAGCAGCUGUCAACCUAUGCCCUGACACUCUACAAAUACACAACCACCAUUGACAGCAAGGCUGUAUUAGUUGACUUCUGGGAUACUGCUGGCCAGGAGCGCUUCCAGAGCAUGCACCCCUCAUACUACCACAAAGCUCAUGCCUGUAUCAUGGUGUUUGAUGUACAGAGGAAGAUCACCUAUAAAAACCUGACUAACUGGUACUUGGAGCUGAGGGAGUACAGGCCUGAGAUCCCCUGUGUGGUGGUGGCUAAUAAGAUAGAUGCUGAUAUGAAGGUGACCCAGAGGAACUUUAACUUUGCCAAGAAGCAGGGACUUCCUUUGUACUUUGUAUCUGCUGCUGAUGGGACAAACGUAGUCAAGAUGUUCAAAGAAACUAUCAAGAUGGCCGUCUCUUACAAGCAGAAUUCAAGUGACUUCAUGGAUGAGGUGAUGCGGGAGCUAGAGAAUUUUGAGCUGGAGCCAAAGAAGGACUUGUUAGAGACAACUGAGGAAGAGCUGAAAGCAGAGUCCUGAAUCUGUCUGACUGGAUAUUUAUGUGGACAUAUUAUCCUCACAGUAUGGACACCCUGUUUUUCCAUUAUACUGGCAUUGUGGAGCUCUGAUUGUGACUGAAGCAUCAGACAGACACUGGUGAUGCUGUCCAGACUGUGCUGCCAUACAUCUCCAGCCUGGGAAAGUCUUGUCCCGAAGUCUGAGAGACUCAAGUGGUGGAUUUGUUAUGUUCAUGUUAUUCACACUUUGAUGUCUUGCUAUCUUUAUAUUAACCUUUUGUGUUUGAUAUCCCAAUGGCGGCGCAAUGUUUAUGUGGAAAACGCUAACCUUUGAUCCCUGUGAGAGCAGUGACCUGUAAGAGCUGGGCUAAUCUGUUGUAAGAACAAACACUGUAGGAUAGAGUUUCUGCCAAAGUGUGUGAAGGCUAUUUUCCUGAUUGAUUGAUUGAUUGAUUGAUUGAUUGAUUGAUAUUUUCCUGAGGUCAAACUAGAAUUUGAAGCGGUGUAAGAGAUGGGAUGCACAAUACCUAUAUGUCAAAGGGAAACUGUGAAUGUGAACUCUCUUUGCCCCUUUCACACUCAGGAUGUCUCAACUAUAAGGUACCUCCGCAUACAGUGCAAUCAUUUGUACAAUGUGAGAUGACAGCAGGUGACAUGUAAAGGCUGCUAUCGUUGCUGUCAGUGUCCAGGUGUAAACCCAGAGCUUUUGUAUGUCAUGUCUUCAUCUUUCAUGUAUCUUAAACAAUGAAUGUACCUUUUAACUAUAAUAUAGUUUUAGUGACACUGCACGAAAUGGUCAGUGGGGUUUCUAUUACUGUGACCUGACCAAGGUUAUUAUAGUUUAGCAUUUUUUAUUAGUUUUUAUUUUUAUUUUGUUUAGACUUUGUCAGUUUAGUUUUAAUUAGUUUUUAA